GGAACAGUCUAGAAGGGAAAGGGCAAUGUUCUAGUGUAGUUUACAUGUCACACUUUCAUUAGUGCGAUCCUUUUGUGAUAUUUGGCGAAACAAUCGACUUCACGACCUGAAAAGCUUGGGACUGAAUAUAUAUUUGUGUUUCUGUUCUUUAGCUGCCGUGGGGUAAACAUUUUCCCUCCACGCGAUAGAUUGAUAGAUUUUUCUAUACAGUCGACAGUAUAAUAAUUCGUUUCCAAAAUGACUUGGUCCAUAAGCAGUUGUUUCAUUACUCUGGUCGUUCUGUUCCUCUGGCGGGUGGAAGACAUCGCAGAAGCUUGCAGUUGCUCCCCUGCGCAUCCUCAACAGGCUUUUUGCAAUGCAGACGUCGUGAUCAGGGCCAAGGUGGUUGGAAAGAAAGUGGUUGAGGCUGGUAAUGACGUCUAUGGCAACACCAUCAAGAGGAUCAAGUACGACAUCAAACAGAUCAAGAUGUUUAAAGGUCCUGACCGGGAUAUCGACGCCAUCUUCACUGCACCCUCCUCAGCCGUUUGUGGCGUUACUCUGGAAACCAACGGCAACAAGGAGUAUCUCUUCACAGGCAAGCUGGAGACUGAUGGAACCAUGCAUGUAACACUGUGUGACUUUAUUGAGUCUUGGGAGGCCAUGAGUGCCACACAAAAGAAGAGUUUGACUCAACGCUAUGAGAGUGGCUGCAAGUGCAAGAUCAUCCGCUGCACUUCCAUCCCCUGUACGAUCAGCGCCCCAGAGGAGUGUCUGUGGACGGACUGGGUGAUGGAAAAGAGCCACAGCGGUCCCCAGGCCCAACACUUUGCCUGUAUCAAUAGGAGCGAUGGGUCCUGUGCCUGGUACAGGGGGAUAGCACCACCCAAGAAGGAGUUCCUGGAUAUUGAAGACCCCUAAACUCUUCAGGCCAUCCACCUACUGUUCAGAGUGACUAAAGAUGUCUGCAAUUAAUACAUGGAAAAAACAAAAGUACACAAAGCUACAAAUCCAAAUAAUUAUGAUUAAAUGAAUCAGUGAAGUAGUUAAUAUCAAUGAAUUACAAGACCCAUAUUGACUUGUCCAGUUGUGAUGUCACAUAGAGAGGUCAGGUGACAGGUUGCAGGAAAUAGUCCGUAUGCAAGAGAGCAACAAUCUGGAGAAAACAGCACUUUCUGACCCCCUCACCGCUCUAAAAGCGCUUACUGGUCACUUCUUGUACAAGUGCAAUAAAAAUAAACUACAAAUCAAA